CUGGUUUACAGAUGUUUUCUAAUUUAACUCCUGUUGAGUGAAGAACCCCAAGUGAAUUUACCUCUGUUUUUGUAUUUAAUACUUCACAUGUUUUCCUUUUUAUGUUUUCAAAUUACAUUUUACUUUUGUGAAGCAAUUAAGACAGCCUUUAAAAAAACAUAUUUGCACCUCAUAUAAAGCGGUGCAGGGCUCAGUAAAAUUUCUUUCCAUUUGUUGACUUCUUAUUUUAGAACAGGAAGUCACUGGUUUUGUGUCACUGGUUUUCGGGUAAAACACUUUGCUUUUGUUUGCACACACUCUCGUACUGAAAAAAACACUCGCAGCAUGGGCUCCCGUUGUUUUCAUCUAUUAUGGAUUUUCUAUUUCACAUCCAUUCAUCUUUCAUGCUUCUGUUUGGUAAGAAGACCUUGUCAGGUCAUGGAGAGACAAUAUGAGAAAUAUGCAAAUCUCGUGUUUAAUCAUUGUGAUGACUUUACACAAGUGAAUUUCACGAUUGCAGCCUAUUGUCCAGUUGAUAAAUAUAAUCUACACAAUUCCCUGGAAGAAGUGCCAGUAGAAACUGACUGGCUUUGUAUGUCCUUUUCCAAUGUCACCAUCAAAACUGGAAUCUUUUCUCGUUUCAGUAACCUGAAAUCUUUAUAUUUAAUUGGAAAUUUUAAGCUUUUACCUGAAAGUUUAGAAAGCCUUACCGAGCUUACCACUCUUUGGAUACAACCGGACAGGUACACAAUCACUGGAAAACUGGACUUUGGAAGACUUAACAACCUGCAAAAUCUCAAAUUAAAUGAAUUUCAGUUUUCUGAUGUAAAUAUGUCAACGUUUGGGGACUUGACACAGCUGAAGCAAUUGGUUUUGUCUCACAAUGAGAUCAGAUCAUUUUCAUCCUUGACAGAGCAUUUGACAAAGCUGAAAUACUUACAGGAUCUGUUCAUGGAGAAUACAAUCAGUCAACUCAAAAAAGUAGAUUGCCUUACUGACAAGUUAUCUCUUGGUAAUCCCUAUGUAAAUUUUAGUAUUCAUUAUCUGAGUUUUGGUAGACAGCAGAUACACUACUUGGAAAAUAAUUCAUUAUGCAAUUUUCCAAAGCUUUCUUUUUUAAAAAUUAAUCUUCACCCAACGAUUGCUGACGAUUUAUUUUACGCUGGAAUUGAGACAGUUGACACAAUGUCAUUAGCAGAUAUACAGUUUGGGUAUAUUGAAAUUUGUGUAUAUGCGUCAUACUUUAAAGUGAAAGUUCUUCAACUAAUGAAUACUGAUUUGGUUAGUAUUGAAACAACGAACGGUUCAUGCUCAACAUUAAAGACUUUAGAUGUAUCUUACAACAUGAUAGAAAAUGUGUCUUUUUUGCAGAUAGAAAAAUUGAAAAACGUAACCGACCUUAAUAUAUCCAACAACAGAAUUAAUGCAUUGGCUGUAUGUCCCAUUACAUCUUCAAUCAAAAUGGAGCUUCUCUAUCUUAAUAUAUCAUUCAACUAUAUAACAUCAUUAGAAGAAGGACAAUUUGCUUGUCUAAAAAAUCUAAAAAUGUUGGAUCUGAGUAACAAUCAAAUUGAUGAUAUAAGAAACUGUACAUUUUGUGGUUUAAGGGAGCUGGAAGUUUUACAUUUGGAAUAUAACCACAUUUACAUGAUUCAAGAAUAUGCAUUUUCAGAUCUAUUUGCAUUAAAACAGUUAAAUUUGGAUGACAAUCAGUUAACUUCAAUAGAUGAGUGGGCAUUUUAUGAUCUACACAUAGAAGAACUUACACUUACUUUUACAUACGAUAUAGAAGAAAUUUGGUGGUCAAAACAUAUUGCUAAUACGCUAAAUAAACUUUCUCUAAAAACCACAAAUACAUAUAUCAUGCUGUUAUAUGAGAAUUUCAACAAUUUGUUUCACUUAGAAAACCUAGAAUUAGAUGCCCAAUAUGUAUAUAUUGACAUUUGUGAUUGUUUCCUCUUUCAUAGAAUAAAGGAGUUGCAUUUAUUAAAUAACAUUGCUUUUGACUGCAUGGAUGCAGCACUGCCAGUACUGGGCAAUUUCAUAAAUCUUGAAAAACUAUAUUACAGAGCAUAUUAUACCGAGCCUUUAGAAAUGACUGUCACAAUCAAUUCAACAUUAAGACAUUUAAAAAACCUUAAAUUUCUUUGCUUAGAUAAUACAGAAAAAUUUGCAGAAAAUUUACUCAUAAACCCAUAUGAGUUAUUUCAGGGCUUAGCAAACCUUAACACUUUACAAUUGAUAAAUUCAGGAUUGGAAUAUUUUACCUCCAAUAUGAUGUUUAAUGAUUUAAAAUCAGUGAUAUUUUUACUCAUAGAAAAUCAAAAUAUAAAGGACAUAAAAGCUGAGGCAUUUUCCCCAAUGAGUAACUUAAACUUUAUUUAUUUAUAUGAUACAACCUUAGCAUGUAACUGUCAGCUAAAUUGGUUUAAUCAGUGGCUCCUGUAUAACAAGCAAGUUUCAUUCAUUGAUUUCUAUGAUCAGAGGUGUUUGGUUGGAGCAAAACAUUCUGACUCCACAUUGUCAACGUUCUUAGAUAACUGUACAGCAGAUUUGCAAGUUACACUGUUUAUAGCUUCAUUUGUAGGCACGAUAGUGUUUAUAUUGAUAAUUCUCUUUCAUGAAAGCAUUUGGUGGUAUACCCUAUAUUUAUUCUAUACAGUGAAAUGUUGGCUGAAUCGCCGGAAAGAAGACGAACAAUACCAGUAUGAUGUAUUUGUUUCCUAUAACACCACUAAUGAACAGUGGAUAACAGAGGAGUUACUUCCCAAUCUGGAAUACAAUGGUCCCCCUUUUUUUAAAGUGUGCAUCCAUAAUCGGGAUUUUGAGAUUGGCAGAGACAUAGUUGAGAAUAUAGUGGACAGUAUUUAUAAAAGCAGGUGGACUAUCUGCCUCAUUACACAUAGUUACCUACAAAGUUAUUGGUGCUCCCUAGAGAUGCGAAUGGCAACUUACAAACUUGUAGCAGAGAAUAAUGAUUCUCUCAUAUUGAUAUUCCUUGAUAAGAUCUCCAAGGAAGAGAUUCAAUGCUAUCACAGACUGACCAAACUGUUAGAUAAAAAAACCUACUUGGAAUGGCCAGAAGAUCCUAAUGGACAGAAGUUAUUUUGGGCAAGAUUACGUAAAGUAAUUGGUAUUCAUGUUGAGAAAGAUCAUGAUGGGCUGUAAUCACAGAGAAAGAUACCACAUUAUUAUCUACUGCAAUAGUAGCUUCAAAGACAAUAUAGCAGUAGCAAUACAAAUCUGGGAUUUUUAAUCCAAUGCUACUCAUAGUGGAGCUUUGGGGAUCUAACUGUCCCUGCUUCAAUGCUUUCCUGUGGGGGGCUUCUGCAUCAUAUAAAUAAGUUUUACUAGGUCAGUUCAGUGAAAGCGCCUCUAAUGGCUGUCAAUUUGACAGCCACAAGAAGUGGACGUAACCCAGCAAUGUAAACAUUGCAUUUUCUAAAAAGCUAAAAGGACAGGAACACUGCACCCACACCACUUUAUUGAGAUGAAGUGGACUGGGUGAUAUUAGAAGAUAUUAGAUGCAGAAAAACUUGUAAAAACAACAACUUUAUGGAAUCUAUACUAUUUCCUGCAACAUACCGAUAUUUACAGAUGUAAUGUGCCAGGACUUUUAGCAUAUAUUGUGAUUAAAAUAUGUCUAGUUUAAAAAACUGCUUAUAACUUAGUUGCAUUGUUUACACGUGCCUAAAUGUAAGAGCUUUGCUAUGUUAGUUGUUACAUCCAUGUAUAUGCUAUUUCACAAAUACAGUAAAACUAUUGGACUGCUCUUAAAAAGGAAUCUCUUUUAAAAACAUUUUUUAUGAAUAUUUUUUCCUUUUGAAAUGGUUCUACUGUUUGAUAACAUUAAAAAGCAGAACCAGUUUGUUUUGUACAAUGUAAUAGAUCUUAGUGAACUGUUAAAUUUGUCUGAUGCAUGAAUUUCGAGUAGUAAGUUAAUUAUAUAUUGUGGAACAUGCUCUUUUUUAAGUUUUUUUCUAAUUUUCUCAUGCUCAAAUUUUUUUGUAAGUCAUAUUUAACCCCAUUAAUAGACUUAUAAUUUGUUAUUGUGAAUGAUUGUAUCUCAUAUCUAGAAACUAGUUGUGUUUGGCAUUUAUUAUCAUUAUCUUGUUGCUGAUGCAUUGCUAGCAGAAUCAUUUAAUAAAACACAAAGUGUUUUAAAACACCAGUAUAUAGAUUGCUUUUCAAACAAACUUAAAAUUAAAAUUAAGUGAAUGUACACAAGUUUAAAAUAUAGGCUCCUAGUAUAAUGAUGCGUGUGCCUUUAGGGGAGCACUACCUUUCUUUGCAGCAGAAUUCGGCAAGAAUCCACUGGACUUCAGUUGCAAGCUAAUAUACUUUAUUCAUAUGCCAACUGAAAAUAAAAAAGAUGUAAAACAUUAAAAAUAAAUAUGAUACCAGUCCAAAUAUAGUUCUUUGUAAUUCUUUGCUGUCCGAGAGGGCUGAGGGUUUUAUCAAUUGGGAUACCUGCUUCCUGGUGUGUUGUUGUGUUUAACCCCUUAAGGACACACGACAUGUGUGACAUGUCAUGAUUCCCUUUUAUUCCAGAAGUUUGGUCCCUAAGGGGUUAAAUCCGUAUUUCGUC